AUGGACUGUGGCUCUACAUGUAAUGUCAUAAGUUACAAAGAGUAUUGCAAGAUUGCACAGGAUGGUAAUCCAAAGCUACAGAAAACCGAUGCAAAGCUACGACUAUAUGAUGGUUCCGUGAUGUUACCAUUAGGAUGUUGUGAAUUAAGAUGCAACCAACCUGCAAGUAGCUACCUUCUUAAAUUUCAAGUGGUGGAUUCUAACCAAAAGCCUCUUUUGUCAGCAGCGACGUGUGAGCAGUUGGGACUGUUGACUGUUAAUCAUCAAGAAAGAGUUAAUGCAUUGACAGUACAGAAGGACACUCCUGUUACCACCAAAGUGACAAGCAGCCCUUUACCUCAAGAAUGCAUAUUAAACAAGUAUUCUGAUGUCUUUAAUGGUCUUGGAACUCUUCCAGGAGAAUAUCAUAUGGACAUUGAUACUAAGGUUAAAGCGGUCCAAGCUCAGCCACGAAGAGUCGCAGUAGCUUUAAAGUCGGA